ACAUUUCAACAUCAGUCCUUUUUGCUACUUUAAUUAUAUCUGAAUACAAUUUGGAAAUCUCGGUUUACAAACUCAAUCAUUUACUGUUUUUUUUAUAUUCGAUUAUAUUUAUUUUGAUCAGGGUACCUUAUUUGAUAUAACUUGUUUCUCGAACAGGAACUACAGUUAUGGUAUUUAUCAAACUUUGUAUAAAUAUGGCAACAGUGUAAUCAAUGUUUUUAAGCUUUUUCAAUGGCUAAGCUCAUGACACUUUAAUAUUAACAGAUAGGUGUUGGUGUACGCCUCAUGUAUUGUAAAUAAUUUAUGAAGACUUACACAAGUGUUUUCUAAUGAAUGUAGAACUAGUCAUGGCUGCAGAAAUCAAACCUGUUCCUGGGACGAGCACUCAAUUUGCCAAUACUCGCAAACCUCAACUGAUCAGCAAGUUGGAGGGACAUCAGGAUGUUGUCAACAUGGCUGUUAUUGUACCUAAUGCUGAAGGCAUCAUCAGUGUAAGCGAUGAUAGGACUGUGAGGGUCUGGUUGAAGCGAGACACUGGGCAGUAUUGGCCUAGUAUUUGUCAUUAUAUGCCUUCUCCUGCAACUUGUGUUGUAUAUAGUGAAGAAACGAAGCGUCUUUUUGUUGGUAUGGAUAAUGGUACAAUAUCUGAAUUUUUAUUAUCAGAGGAUUAUAACAGGAUGAAUCAUCAAAGAAAUUAUUUAGCUCAUCAAGGUCGAGUUGCCGACUUAGUCUUUUCCUUGUGGUCAGAGUGGGUGUUGAGUGUUGGUCGUGACAAGUAUUUUCAGUGGCAUUGCUCAGAGACUGGACAAAGGUUAGGUGGAUUUCAAUGCAAUGCCUGGUGCACAGCUGUGCAAUUUGACGCACAGUCUAAACAUGUUUUUAUUGGUGAUUAUUCCGGCCAAAUUACCAUGUUGAAAAUAGAGGAAUCUGGUUAUAAACCAAUAACCACUUUAAAAGGUCAUUCAGGUAGUAUCCGUUGCUUAGAAUGGGAUCCUGACAGAAAGCUUUUGUUUUCUGGUAGCUUUGAUCAAUCUAUAAUUGUUUGGGAUAUUGGAGGUCAACAAGGCACAGCAUAUGAGCUGCAAGGACAUCAUAAUAAAGUUUCAGCUCUUUGUUUUGCAAAUGCAUCAAGACAGUUAAUAUCUGGAUCUGAAGACAGUACCAUUGUGUUUUGGAACAUGAAUGUGAAGAGAUUAGAGACGCCCGAAUGGGCAGACAGUGAUUACUGUCAGCGAUGUACAAAGCCUUUUUUCUGGAAUAUAAAAGCUAUGGUUGAUCAAAAGACAAUAGGUAUUCGUCAGCAUCAUUGCCGAAGAUGUGGCAAAGCAGUUUGUGACAAAUGUAGUGGGAACACAAGCAAGAUCCCCAUUAUGGGUUAUGAAUUUGAUGUCCGAGUUUGUGACGAGUGCCAUACUGUCAUAACAGAUGCAGACCGAGUAUCUUUAGCUUCUUUUCAUGAUGGUCGUCAUAGCAUUAUUCAUAUGGAUCUGGACGAAACUCGUUCACAUUUACUGACAGUUGGCGCUGACAAAAUCAUAAAGCUAUGGGAUGUUAGUAGUCUAUUGCAACCUCUUCCAGAGCAAGCAUGACAUUCUUCAAACCCUUUCAUUUGAAGUAUUCAUGCCUUGUGGGAAAGUGAAGAACACCCCUGUCUGAAGCAGUAGCGAGUGGUUAAAACAGACCGGGUCACAGAUGUAACACUGGCUUUAAAGGAAAAUUGUGUUGUUGGCUGUGCUUUGGACAAAUAUGUGUUGUGUAUUGUUUUCUUGUUAAGUGUCUACUCAAUAUCAUUCCAACCUUUACUAGAGAUAUCUGUUUAUAAGUGUUAUUUUGGAUCAAUCUUUUUUUCUUAGAUCAAUUUAUUAUUAUGGCUGUUAAAAAGCGAUUCUGUUUAAGUCAUGAACUGUAAAUUGCUUCGAUGAUUUCUGCAUCAUAUCAUAUAUUGUUGGAUUUAUUGAAUAUUUUAACUGUCAAUUUCAGUCUAAUUCUGUAUGGAUGUGCUGAUGAAAUUUUAGUGUCUAAGGUUUGGAGGUACUUAGCAUUCAUUUAAAAAGAGAUGGGGAGGGCAUUUAAUAUUCAGUUUUUAUAUUCAUUAAUCCCUUAUUGCUUUUGGUAUUGAUUUUUGCAGCCAAACUUGAUUUCACUGCUUAGAUCAUGUCUGCGUUCCUAGAGGGAACAGUUUCUGCUGUUAGCAAGUAUCCUGUUACUAAUUAAUUGCAGUAUAGUUUGCUAAUCAUACUGCAUGUUAAUGUUAUUCGCAAAUUUCAAAUAAAAUAGUUUAUGUGAUUAAAAAUGCAUAUUUGAUUUAAACAACUUGUAAAUAAUAAAAUUAAAAAAUAUAUAAUUCAUUCAAUUAAUUUUUAAAUCUAAAAAUAUUUGAUUUUAUAACUAUGACAAUUUAAACUUGAAAAAAAAAUUGCACUUUUAGGAAAUUAAGGAUAUGUUUUGAAGAAAAAUGUUUAAGCCUUUUUUUUUUUUUUUUUUUUUUUUUUUUUGUGUGUGUGUGUGUGCAUUGAAUUGGAAUUUCUGUAUUAUGAGUUUUCCCCUUUUUCUUUGUUAUAAAUUAAAAUUGAACAUUUCUUAAGUGCUAGUGUUUUAAAUACUUCAUUGAAAAUAUGUUAUAUGAAUUAAAACUUUAUUCGGCAAAAAUUUUAGUAUUUAUUUUUUUUGAGAUAUUUAUAAGAAUUCUAGAAUAUCAACAGUUGAAAAGAGAACUUAAAUGAUAAGAUUUUUGUCAUUCAGUAUUUUCAUUUAAAAUUCUAGAUUAUGUAGAGCUUUUUUCUUUCUGGCUUUUUAUAGCUUUUAAAACCAAGAAUUUUAUUAAAAAUGCUUUCAAAUCAAUAAUUUUUUAGCUUAGUUCUUAAACUAAUAUCUUUUGAUAAAGUAAGAUGUGAAAAUUGUAAGUUAUUUGCAGACAAUUUGUUUCUUUUCCCUUGAUGAAUUUAAGAGAUUCAGACUUUAAACUCAGCAGUUAUAAUCUUAAAAUUUAGAACAGAGUCAUUCAUUAAGUCAAUUGGCAUAGACUGAGUGCACUAAGUUGAUCUAAGCUAGAUUGAAGUCAAAUCUGGCUGUAGUAUUUUAUUGAAGUCUUCUUGUGAUAUUUGCGUUCCUACCGUGGUGUGAUUUUAUGAUCACUUGAACUAAAAUGUACAUAUCAAGUCAAUUUUCAGCGAUUCUCUGCUGUUAAAUGAGUAAAUCAUUCAGUUUGUUGAAAUCAAAUGAGUCUUUUCUUGAUAAACUCAUAUUCAAAUCUUUUAAUUGCUGUAUUGAUUUAUAAAACAGAAGCUUUUGUUCAUUUUUGAAAGCAAAAAUUUUAAACGAAAAUUAUUCACUUUGAUAAGCUUUCAGUUAUCUUUCAAUUGAUGCAGAUAAGCUGUUUAAAAUGUAAGCAUUUGAAUUUGUGUUUCAGUAUAUAAAAAUAUUUAUGUAUUUUUGUUUGGUUCUAGUGAUCAUCACACUUUAAUCUAAUUUCCAAAUUCUUUUUCAUUUAUAGUUUGAAUCUCAAUAUCCCGAUUCCUCCCUUUUUUUUAUUGUUAAAUGUGCCAAAUAUUAUUUAAUUCGUGUAUUGUAGUAGUGAAAAAGUUCAGUGGAUGAAUACUGACCAGCAGAAAUCCAAUAAUUAUAGUUCAGUAUCAAAUUUUUUUUCUGAUUAUUAACAUUUUUGAGGUUUUCUAUUUAUGUGAGUCCUAUGCAGAUAUUAAGAAAAUAUAUGUGUUUACAAAUGUAUGAAAGAAAUGUUGAUUCCAAUUUUUCCAAUUCAUAUACACUAAUAUUUUGUUUAGUUUUGAAAUAGCUUUUAUAAAAGAGGAUAAAUAAUUUUAAAAAAAGUAUUUAUCAUAAUUUAAUUGCUUUAAUAUGUUACUUUUUUGCGUAAAACAGGUUGUUAAAUAAA